AUGCUGUAUGCCCAGGCCCCACCCACCAUGAAGGGUAUAAAAGGACCAUGGAGGGAGGAGAGACUCAAACCUACCCACCUCCACUUCCGUCGGGUCACCUCCUCUUCCAUCACCUCUCCUAGCACCAUGCCUUACAGCUGCUGCCUGCCCAACGUGGGCUGCCACUCCGGCUGCUCCUCCCGGCCCUGCGUGCCCCCCAGCUGUCACGGCUGCACCCUGCCCGGGGCCUGCAACAUCCCCGCCAACGUGAGCAGCUGCAACUGGUUCUGCGAGGGCGCCUUCAAUGGCAACGAGAAGGAGACCAUGCAGUUCCUGAACGACCGCCUGGCCAGCUACCUGGAGAAGGUGCGGCAGCUGGAGCGGGACAACGCGGAGCUGGAGAGCCGCAUCCGGGAGCGGUCCCAGCAGCAGGAGCCCCUGGUGUGUCCCAACUACCAGUCCUACUUCCGGACCAUCGAGGAGCUCCAGCAGAAGAUUCUGUGUGCCAAGUCUGAGAACGACAGGCUGGUGCUACAGAUUGACAAUGCCAAGCUGGCCUCCGAUGACUUCAGGACCAAGUACGAGAUGGAGCGUUCCUCACGGCAGCUGGUGGAGUCAGACAUCAACAGCCUACGCAGGAUCCUGGACGAGCUGACCCUGUGCAAGGCUGACCUGGAGGCCCAGGUGGAGUCCCUGCGGGAGGAGCUGCUCUGCCUCAAGCAGAACCAUGAACAGGAAGUCAACACCCUGCGUUGCCAACUCGGAGACCGCCUCAAUGUGGAGGUGGACGCCGCCCCCACCGUGGACCUGAACCGUGUACUCAACGAGACCAGGAGUCAGUACGAGGCCCUGGUGGAGACCAACCGCAGGGACGUGGAGGAAUGGUUCGCCAGGCAGACCGAGGAGCUGAACAAGCAGGUGGUGUCCAGCUCGGAGCAGCUGCAGUCCAACCAGGCAGAGAUCAUCGAGCUGAGACGCACGGUCAACGCCCUGGAGGUGGAGCUGCAGGCCCAGCACAACCUGAGAAACUCCCUGGAGAACACGCUGACGGAGACGGAGGCCCGCUACGGCUCCCAGCUGUCCCAGGUGCAGGGCCUGAUCACCAACGUGGAGCACCAGCUGGCGGAGAUCAGGAGUGACCUGGAGCGGCAGAACCAGGAGUACCAGGUGCUGCUGGACGUCCGGGCUAGGCUGGAAUGUGAGAUCAACACGUACCGGGGGCUGCUGGAGAGCGAGGACUGCAAGCUCCCCUGCAACCCAUGCGCCACCACCAACGCUAGUAGCAACUCCUGCAGGCCCUGCUCUCAAAAGCGUUCCUGUUAAAACUUGCAUCCUCUUUGAAACUGACAAUGGAGCCUAGAUCAAGCACAGGAAAGGUCCUGCCUUUGCUGGAGCUCAGUUACCAUUUGGAUCCCUCGUCAAGCCAGCUGUGAUAUUUCUACACACGGAGACGCUCCCCAGACCCAUGAGCUAAGACACACAUCAUCAGCUUCCAGUGUCUGGAAAACUCCCUCUUGCUAAAGGUUGAGUCUCUACCUCUGAAGACGUCCAGCUUUCUGUAAUCUGAGCUCCAGAUUUUACUUUAGGGCGUUUCCUGUACAUAUUAUGUUCCCUGCUUUCCUAGCUUCUUUGGUAUUCUCUGGAAUGCAAGGAGGCUACUUCAUUUACUCCCCAAUAAACUUUAUUUCUCUGGCAUAGUAAA